AUUUAUCCUUCUUCUCUUUUACAAAUCAGGAUGACCUUUAUUAUAUCACAAUUUUCGGUUCUUUUGCUUUCCCUUUUUGGUGCUUUUACAUUCCAAAAGAUUGUGUGCAACAAUCUGAGCCAGGUUCGGUGCAAUGAGAAGGACCGAGAAACGUUGGAAAUGUUCAAAGAGGGUGUUAUUGAUCCAUCCAACAACCUCCUCACAUGGUCCACUCAACAAGACUGUUGUCAAUGGAAAGGAGUUCAUUGUGACAACACCACAAGCAGAGUUACAAAACUUGACCUAUCCCAACAAUUUCUACAAGGUGAAAUCAAGUUAUCUCUUUUGGAACUUCAAUUUCUAUAUCAUUUGGAUUUGAGCUGCAACAAGUUUAAUGUUAUUAGCAUUCCACCAACUCAGAACAAUGUCAUAUUUGGCUCUAACCUCCAUUAUCUUGACUUAUACGCGCUUGACAUAUCCUUAGAAGAUCAUAUUUCUAUGGAUAAUCUUGAUUGGCUUUCUCAACUUUCUUCGCUCAGAUAUCUCAACCUUGGUUUUAUUGAUCUUCACGAAGAAACCAACUGGCUUUUAGCCAUGCCUCCUUCAUUAUCAGUCCUACACUUGAGUAAAUGUCAACUAACCAACAUAAGCCCAACUUUAAAGCAUGUCAAUCUUACUUCACUUGUCACUCUUGAUCUUUCUUAUAACCAUUUUAACUCUGAAUUGCCACAUUGGUUGUUUAAUCUCAGUCGUGAUGUCUCCUAUCUUAAACUUAAAGACAAUAGUUUUUACGGUGAAAUACCUUCAAGUUUGUUCAACUACCAAAAUUUGGAAUACCUUGAUCUAUCAGGCAACAUGUUUUCUGGUUCCAUUCCUUUCACUUUGGGAAAUCUCACAUAUUUGGUUGUUCUAUGCAUUGGCUAUAAUUCCUUUUCUGGUAUAAUAUCUGAAAUGCAUUUUUCCAGACUCCACAAUUUAGAAGAGUUGGACUUGAGCAAGACAAGGUUUCAUUUUAGUCCUGAAUGGAUUCCUCUGUUUCAACUGAAAAGGCUUUAUUUGGAUGAUACAAAUCAAGGUCCUCAAUUUCCACCAUGGAUAUAUACUCAAAAGUCACUUUCACAUUUAUGCAUGUCGAGCUCAAAAAUUUCAUAUGUAGAAGAAGAAAAGUUCAGGGGUUUAAUAGCCAGUAUUGAUGACAGGAUCGAUUUAUCCAACAACUCAAUUAGAGGAAUGCUCCCGCAUUUAUCCCCAAAGGUCAAAUAUGUAGAUUUCUCUCAGAACUCUUUCACAGGAUCGAUUCCACAUGCUUGGAAGAACUUGAAACAUUUGGUUUUAAUUAGCUUGUGGAAUAAUGAUUUAUUCGGUGAAGCUCUUAUGAUACUCUCAUGUUUGACGCGUUUGGCAGUUAUAAACCUUGAAAAAAAUGAUUUUUUUGGAGCUAUACCAAACAACAUGUCCAGAAAGUUAGAAGUGGUGAUAUUAAGAUCUAAUAAAUUUGAGGGGAGUAUUCCACCUCAACUGUUCCUUCUCUCUAAUUUGAUUCACUUGGAUCUCGCCCAUAAUAAACUUUCAGGAUCAAUUCCUCAGAUUACGUAUAACACAAAAGAAAUGAUAGUAGAUCAUUAUUAUGCACCUCUCUUAGUAGAUGAUAGCAACAUUGAUUUCUAUGAAAAAGGUCAAGUUUAUGAAUGUAAACUUGACUUCAAUAGGCGAACUAUUGACCUCUCAGCUAACAAGAUAUCUGGAGAGAUUCCUACGGAAUUAUUUAGGCUUAUUCGAGUUCAAACAUUGAAUUUAUCUUAUAAUCAUUUGACUGGAACUAUACCUAAGACAAUUGGAGGAAUGAAAAAUCUGGAAUCUCUUGAUCUCUCUAAUAAUAAGCUUUUUGGCGAAAUUCCAGAAAACAUGGCUAACUUGUCUUUUCUGAGUUAUUUGAACUUAUCAUGCAACAAUUUUUCUGGACAAAUUCCAAUAGGGACUCAACUUCAAAGUUUCGGUGUAUCAAGCUACAAUGGAAACCCGGAACUUUGUGGAGCUCCUCUUACAAAGUGUAGCAUGGAAAAAAAUGUUGUGAAUACAAUCCAACAUAGAAUCAAUAAAGAUGGUGAAUUUGAUGAAGAAUCCGUCUAUCUUGGAAUGGGAGUUGGGUUUGCAGUUGGAUUUUGUGGUGUUUUUGCUUCUUUGGUCAUUUUUAGGAAAUGGAGACAACUACUAUCGAUUGCUCAAUCGAAUGUAUGACCAACUUUAUGUUAC